CUCUCUCGUUUUUCUUCAAAAUAUGCUUACCCAUCUAUACUUACUGCUUGGGUUUACUCUGGUGCAGUGGAGCUAGCUGCUUGAGGACACUGAACCAGGUAGUUUCCAACUAGCCUUGGGGGUCCAAUGAUGCAAUGAUUCUUGCCUAUAUAAUUAUCCAUGCAAGUGGAGAAAAAGGUGAAUCAACUCUGCUAGAUCCUGGGGAAUAGUUAUAUACUUAACAAUAGAUACUCUACAGGAUAAAGCUGGCUUAUGUGACUUUAAACCUUUUUAAACUUGCCAUCCACACGACCACACAUUAGCUCAUGGCACCCUCAGUCCACAGCUGCUUAUAUAGUAACAGGGAGCUGGGAGGUAGAGAGGAGGUCCUAGCUUCUCUUUGGUUUCUCAUUGCAUUGCCUUGCUGCCUUAGAGCCUCAAUGGCUACCAUCAGAGAGGAGUCCGACUACGACAGCAGCCGGUCCUCGCUCACGGCGCCAGGCUCCCGCCGGAGCUGGAUCAGUGACAUUGGCAGCUCCAGCUCGGUCUCGGUGCGCUCCUUCGGCGGAGGCUGGGACACACCAGCCUCGUCAUGCCGCCAUAAGCCCCACAAGGCGAACCAGGCCGAGUGGGAGGCCAUCAGGCGCAUCCGAGCUGCCGCUGGCCGCAUCGGGCUGGAGCACUUCCGCCUGGUGCGGCGCCUGGGCAGCGGCGACCUCGGCAACGUCUACCUCUGCCAGCUGCGUGAACCCUGGUCGACGGGGUGCCUGUACGCCAUGAAGGUGGUGGACAAGGACGCGCUGGCGUUCCGCAAGAAGCUGCGGCGGGCGGAGGUGGAGCGUGAGAUCCUGCGCACGCUCGAUCACCCCUUCCUGCCGACAUUGUACGCUGACUUCGAGGCGGCGCACUACGCCUGCCUCGUCAUGGAGUUCUGCCCCGGCGGCGACUUGCAUGUGGCCCGGCAACGGCAGCCCGGGAGGCGGUUCAGCAUCUCCUCGGCGAGGUUCUAUGUGGCGGAGACGGUGCUGGCGCUGGAGUACCUGCACAUGAUGGGGGUGGUGUACAGGGACCUCAAGCCGGAGAACGUCCUGGUGCGCGGCGACGGCCACAUCAUGCUCUCGGACUUCGACCUCUCCCUCAAGUGCGACGUCGUGCCGAGGCUUCUCCGCCACAACAGCCACCCCCACAAUGGCAGCGCCGCCGGGCGAGCGGACGCGGCCAAGCCGUCCUGCGUCCCGCCGAUCCAGCCGGUGCUGUCGUGCCUCUUCAAGGGCGUGCACAAGUGCCAAGCAAAGGAGGAGGCCGCGCCGAGUCGUCCCGGCGGCGACGGCGAGACGUCGUCGGAGCCCGCCGCCGACACCACCAACCCGGAGGUGGUGGUGGAGCCGGUCUCGGCGCGGUCCAAGUCCUUCGUGGGCACGCACGAGUACCUGGCGCCGGAGGUGAUCUCCGGGCAGGGCCACGGCAGCGCCGUCGACUGGUGGACGCUGGGGGUGUUCAUGUACGAGAUGAUCUACGGGCGGACGCCGUUCAAGGGCGAGAGCAACGACAAGACCCUGGCCAACAUCAUCAAGCAGCCGCUGGCGUUCCCGCGGGUGGCGGCGGCGGCGAGCGGCAGAGAGUGGGACGAGCACCUCCGCGCGCAGGACCUCAUGAGCCAGCUCCUGGCCAAGAACCCCAAGAAGCGGCUGGGCGGGUGCACGGGCUCCGCCGAGGUGAAGCGGCACCAGUUCUUCAAGGGCGUGAACUGGGCGCUCGUCAGGUCCGUCCGGCCGCCCGAGGUGCCCAAGCCGCCGCCGCCGGUGGCGCCAGCGGCCGCGGCGCAGAAGAAGAAGGUGAUGAUGAUGAGCAGGAAGGAGCGGCAGGAGCCCUACAACCCCGUCCGGCCCGACGAACGCUUCGAGUACUUCUGAGCUGGCGUUCGAUCUUGUCUGAAGGUCCAUCGGCGGAUCGAUUAGUGAAAGUGUACAUACAGUAGCGCGACAGGAGCACCAAGCUGUAGAAACCCGUGGCUGGCUGGCCAAUAAAACCGCCUCCUCGACGCGGCUAGUUUGCAGGGGAAAAUCGAGCGUUUCUUUGCUCAGGUUUUUGUGUUAGUUUCGUCGCUGCCAACAUGAUGGGUUGAUCGAUUUUGUUGGAA